GGGAAAGGCGCAGCCUUUUAAGUUUCGAGCCUGCUGCCGUUGUUAGAAACCGACGUGUACCAGAAGUUCUGAAGUAAGGUUGGAUUCGAUAAGUAUAGGUACCUACCUACCGUCCUACCCAAAGCGCGAUCGUGUUCCGAUUCCUUUCCCGAAAUCUCGAUUCUCGAGGUCCCGAUGGCUUCAAGCUCAAAGAUACCAAAACGCCGACGACUGAUCAAGAAAUACAAGAUUCGGUUUGAUGGGCCGGCCGAAAGUCCGUUCCAGUCCCCCGAAAACUGGCCCGCCGCUCGCGACAACCUCGUCAGAAGCGUCCAGAGCCUCGGCCAGACAGAAUACCACCGAUAUCAAGCGAGCAUCAGUUGCGAUUCUCUUCACCGUCCUUGGAGAGAACAAGUGAGGCGGCGCGCAAAACGCGUGGCUGUGAAAGCCCAGACAUGUCUAGCGAACCGCAAAAAUGAAUCUGGCUGGCGAUUUGAAGUCGAGACAGAAGUCAUGGCCCGAAUGUCCAUCGAGGUAGCGUGUAAGCGGUGUCGGGGGCGGCUUUGGCGGUCUGAGCAAGAGGUCGAUCCUGGGAAUACCGAUGGAGCGGCUGCGAGGCGACUCCGCGAGCGCCAACGAGACCGAGAACCAUGCGCCUGUGACCCAAGCGAGCAGCACGAUGACUUGGACGAUCCGGGCAUCAGCCCCUUGUUCGAUUACCAUAUUGAGGAGGCAAUGGUCUAUCCUCCGGAACUUAAAUCCGAGCUGGCAAAACGGGAAGAGAAGCCAGAUAGGAUUUACGGGCUGCGAUCAACCCGAAGGCUAGAGCGCCUCCUGUCUUCAACCGACAACAGGCCCUCGGCAGCCGGCCAGUGCGUCGGCGACAGUAUCACUAGCCACCCCUUUCGUGGAGACGCGGAACCUCCGAACUUUCCCUUCUUCGUUCUCGAGGCCAAAUCGGAGAAGGGUGCGGAUUCCUUCAGCGAUGCAGCAUAUCAGACCGCCUUCGCCAUUAGGGAGCUGCUCUUGCUCCAGGAAAAUCUACGCGCGGCGGCGGGAGAGGACCGCGAGUGGGACGCGGGCCCUCUUGUGUGGUUUCUCUCGUACAAGGGAGAGGAAUGGAAGGUCUCCAUUGCCUACAUUGAGAUAAAAGACGGAUGCCAGUACUUUCGGAUUGUUCAGCUUUGGCGCGGCGCCGUAAAUGUCAAGGAUGGGGCACUCCAACUGCUGCUGAUCAUCGAUUAUAUCUUUGACUGGGCUCGUGACAUGUAUCGGGAAGCCAUCAUCCAGAGUCUGAGGAAGCUCGCUAUCUCCGAUUCCAAGAGCUUAGCAUACCAGGACAGUGACAUAAUGUCCACCUACUAUGCCCGUGAUCGGGUUGGGUUGUGGGCUGAAGUUAACCCCGAGGCCGACAACACCAAUACGGGGGCGUGGGUCGGGCAAGAAUCAGGCAUAAAGGACGCACUUCGAUCCUUCGACACAAAAUCGGGUGUGAUCCGCGAUAUUCGUUACAUCAAGAGUCGAUUCUUUGGUCUCUAUGUAACCCGGGAGAACCUGACCGCCUUUUUAGGAUCGAGAGACUCGGACCUGGGAUCCAAAAACUUGGCGGCUUCCCUCCUUAAGCACUUGGUGGAGGGUUGGAGAGUGAAAGGAGAAACUCUAGACGCGCUCGAGUUCGACUGGACGGGAAAGGAUCGCGGUCAGGGCCAGUCACACCGGGAAGUCACUUUCUUGGUAGUGGCGGGCGUCGCUGCGUACCUUUCCUUCGACUGGGAGCAAACAAGAGAGCUGUCUUAUCUUGCCGUCGAAGAGAGUGCUGUGGACGAUAUACUGGUCCAUGCCGGAUACAAGCUUGCUAGGGGUCAUAAGCUCUCCGACCUUCCCUUUGUGGACAAGGAUGCCUUUAGCGACAUCCUCCUUGUUUUGCGUCGCCAGUCUACUGGGAGCAAUCUGCUGGCCUGUAUCUCCCGAGUUUGUCUCUCUACGGGGAUACUGUCCACCAAAAACGGACAAGAACACCGGGAUGCCCUCUCCGUCGUUUCUGUGGAAAGAUCUGACGCAGGCCUCAUUAUUCGGGCCGACACGGUGCUCAAAGUCACCCUCAUUUUGCCCUCGAGAAAUCAAGUCCUCUCGUUGGUUCAGACGGCCGCCGGAGCUUCCUCCAAUGCCUAA